AAGUCCAACUCCCGCCUCUUCCCUUGGAGUCUGAGGCAGCCUGCGUGGCUCCCGGGAGCGCGCACGUCCCGGAGCCGUGCCGACUGCAGGCGUCGUCUCCGCGCUAGUCUGCCAGCGCCAGUUACACUGUCGCGCGUCGGCCUCAGCCCUGAGGAGCCGGACCCAUGUGGAAACUGCAGCCCGCCGCGGGCCCCGCAGGAGGAGAGCCAUACAGACUUUUAACUGGCAUUGAGUACGUCGUUGGAAGGAAGAACUGUGCCAUUCUAAUUGAAAAAGAUCAGUCAAUCAGCCGAAAUCAUGCUGUGUUAACUGCUAACUUUUCUGUAACCAACCUGAGUCAAACAGAUGAAAUCCCUAUAUUGACAUUAAAAGAUAAUUCUAAGUAUGGUACCUUUGUUAACGAGGAAAAAAUGCAGAAUGGCUUUUCCAGAACUUUGAAGUCGGGGGAUAGUAUUACGUUUGGAGUGUUUGCAAGUAAAUUCAGAAUAGAGUAUGAGCCUUUGGUCGCAUGCUCUUCUUGUUUAGAUGUCUCUGGGAAAACUGCUUUAAAUCAAGCUAUAUUGCAACUUGGAGGACUUACUGUAAACAAUUGGACAGAGGAAUGCACUCACCUUGUCAUGGUAUCAGUUAAAGUUACCAUUAAAACAAUAUGUGCACUCAUUUGUGGACGUCCAAUUGUAAAGCCAGAAUAUUUUACUGAAUUCCUGAAAGCAGUUCAGUCCAAGAAACAACCUCCACAAGUUGAAAGUUUUCACCCACCUCUUGAUGAACCAUCUAUUGGGAGUAAAAAUAUUGAUCUGUCAGGACGACAGGAAAGAAAACAAAUCUUCAAAGGGAAAACAUUUAUAUUUUUGAAUGCCAAACAGCAUAAGAAAUUGAGUUCCGCAGUUGUCCUUGGAGGUGGGAAAGCUAGGUUGAUAACAGAAGAAAAUGAAGAAGAACAUGAUGUCUUUUUGGCUCCAGGAACUUGUGUUGUUGAUAUAGGAAUAACAAACUCACAGAUCUUAAUUCCUGAUUCUCAGAAGAAAUGGAUUCAGUCAAUAUUGGAUAUGCUCCAAAGGCAAGGCCUUAGACCUAUUCCUGAAGCAGAAAUUGGAUUGGCGGUUAUUUUCAUGACUACAAAGAAUUACUGUGAUCCUCGGGGCCAUCCCAGUACAGGACUAAAGACAACUACUCCAGGACCAAGCCUUUCACAAGGCUUGUCAUUUGAUGAAAAACUAAUGCCAAGCGCCCCAGUGAACACUACAACAUAUGUGGCUGAUACAGAAUCAGAGCAAGCAGAUACCUGUAUGGAUUUGAGUGAAAGGCCAAAAGAAAUCAAAGUCUCCAACAUGGAACAAAAUUUCAAAAUGCUUUCACAAGACACAUCCACUAUAAAGGAGUCCUGCAAAACAAGCUGUAAUAAUAAUAGUAUGGUAUCAAAUCCUUUGGUUAAGAUGACAAUUCCAAACUAUCAGCUUUCACCAACUAAUUUCCCAAGUGUAAAUACAAGUAAAGAUAGGGCUUCUCAGCAACAGCAGACCAACUCCAUCAAAAACUACUUUAAGCUGUCUACCAAAAAAAGGGAAAGGGAUGAAGAAAAUCAAGAAAUGUCUUCAUGCAAAUCAGCAAGAAUAGAAAUGUCUUGUUCUCUUUUAGAACAAACACAACCUGCUACACCCUCACUAUGGAAAAAUAAGGAGCAGCAUCUAUCUCGGAAUGAGCCUGUGGACAAAAAGUCAGAUAACUUAUUUACAGAUACAGAUUUAGAAUCCAGUGUGAAAAAUUCUGCCAGUAAAUCUCAUUCUGCAGAAGAGCUAAGAUCAAAUAAAAAAAGAGAAAUGGAUGAUGUGGCCAUAGAAGAUGAAGUAUUGGAACAGUUAUUCAAGGACACAAAACCAGAGUUAGAAAUUGAUGUGAAAGUUCAAAAACAAGAGGAAGAUGUCAGUAUUAGGAAAAGGCCAAGGAUGGAUAUAGAAACAAAUGACACUUUCAGUGAUGAAGCAGUACCAGAAAGUAGCAAAAUAUCUAACAAUGACAGACUUCAGGAUGAAAGUGAGAUGCUUCCAAGAAAACUGUUAUUGACUGAAUUUAAAUCACUGGUGAUUAAAAACUCUACUUCCAGAAAUCUUUCUGGCAUAAGUGAUGAUUAUGGUCAAGUAAAAAAUUUCAAGAAAUUCAAAAAGGUCACAUAUCCUGGAGCAGGAAAACUUCCGCACAUCAUUGGAGGAUCAGCUCUAAUAGCUCAUCAUGCUCGAAAGAAUGCAGAGCUAGAAGACUGGCUAAGGCGGGAAAUGGAGGUACAAAAUCAACAUGCAAAAGAAGAGUCUCUUGCUGAUGAUCUUUUUAGAUACAAUCCUAAUGUAAAAAGGAGAAGAUAACUAAGGAUUUUGAAAAGGAGCCAUGGAAAAACUUACUAGCAAGCAUCUACUUCAGGCUAACAAGGUUAUAUGAAUAUACAGUGUAUAGAGGAGAUUUAAGUUACAAAUAUAUUAUGGCCUAACUUUAUUAAAUAAAAUGCAGAAAACAUUGA